GCCCACAGAUACACGUUAUUUUUUAGAACCCUAAACCAGAGUACAGUGCAAUUAGGUCUACUGCGUCAAGUAUCAGUUGUUAAGUCAGAAAUCGAGCCAUAAAGUAAAACCAGGGCACACUGCAAUCAGGUCUACUGCGUCGAGUCGAGUAUCAGUUGAACCGAGGCAGAAAAGCUUUCUAGCAUCGGUUAGGCGCCAACCGAGGCAUAUAACGCGAAUAUGUUUUCAAAUUUUCUGACACUUUAGGCAUCGGGUAUGAUUAAAAUCGAGGCAGUAUGCCUCUAUUACCUCAGGUAAAUCUGGAACCAAGGUAGCAUAGCGUUUUAUAACCUUAGAAAUCUCUUUGCUUUCACGGUACCCUUUCUCACUGUUCCUCUUCUUCUCGCUCGCUCAAAUCUCUUUGCUUUCACUGUUCUCCAACCACCCUGAAAUAGCGCCGUCGCUCCGUGGCCACCACUCUUCCGCUGUUCUCGCGCAAGAUUCAGCCUCAAAUUGCCUUGCGCUGCGUCGUCCCCUGCUUCUCGCGCAACCGCUUCGCUGCCUCGCCGUCACGCUCCCUCCUCAUCGUCGCCGGCGUGCUGCCUCGACGCCAUUGCUGUCGCGCUCCCUCGCAGCGCCUCCGCCUCCGUCGUCGCAACCUAAAACCUAGACGAAGGGAAGGUUCUGCAGUGCAAGAGCAAGAGAGAGGAACAACGAGACGUUUUGGGAAAGAAGGAGAAGAAGACACAGACGGAGGAGAACCUUGAGCAGUGGACGCGGAGAGUGAGAAUUGAGAUAUUCGAAGAGUUUUCGAGUUAAGAGAUCGCCGAAAAGACUUCAGAUUAAGGGUAGAUAACAUAAAGAAAGCUCGAGGUUCUUUUUUUCCUGAGGAGAAAGUCUGCAAAAGGCUGACUCAGUUGUUGAUAGCUGUUGACUACCUGCACUCUAAUCGUGUAAUCCAUAGACAUCUUAAGUGUUCCAACAUAUUCCUCACUAAAGACAACAACAUUCGGCUUGGUGAGUUUGGUCUGGCAAAGCGACUUAAUGCAGAAGACCUUACUUCAUUGGUAAGGGUACAUAUGUGCUGUGUUAAAGGAAUUCCUUAAACCCUACCCCUGCCAUCUCAGUCUAACGCAAUACAUCAUCGUCGACGACCAAUGAACCGCAUUCUGAUUUGAAUCUGUUUUCCGAUGUUGGCCUUCUCCAAGUUGAGGAAAGCAGCGGAGGUCUCAUGCGUAUUCUUUCGAAUCCAAAAGCCUCCCACAUACCUCCGAAGAUUUUCCCUUUCGUCCGGGGAAACACCCUCUUCGGACCCGAAGUUUCCCCUUCGUUUAUGCAUCUUGCUGGCCCUCAAGUUGGAGACUUUAUCCACCAGCAAAUACCGUGCUUUGGUGAGUGCGGUCCUUUGCACCAACAACUGGUUUUCCCUUUACUGGGAGGCCCUUGAGUAUCUCAAGAAAUCUGGAGUCUUGAUAACUUCUGAUUCGGUUUGUGCUUUGAUUUGGGCCUAUUGGCGAGUGGGUCUGAUCGAGAAGGCUAUAGAGUCGUUUGGUAGAAUGGGUGAGCUUGGGUGCAUGCCUGAUGUUCUUGCCUAUAACACCAUUUUGGAUAUUGUGUUUCAGAAAGAGUUAUUUGUGUUGGGUUUUGCGGUGUAUAAUCUGAUGCUUAAGUCCAACUGUUGUCCUAAUGAACGCACUUAUGGCCGGCUGAUUGGAGGGUUUUGUAGAAGUGAUGAUGUUAAUGGUGCUCUUGAGAUACUCGAUGAAAUGCUCCAAAGGGAUUUAGAGCCAAGUAUGAUGAGAUAUUCAACUAUUAUUUCUGGUCUGUGUCGUGGGGGGAGGGUACAUGAGGCACACAGAUUGUUUAAUGUGAUGAAAGAAAGAGGGUGCAAGCCUAAUUUUAUGUCUUAUUGUGUUUUGUUUAAUGGGUAUUGCAAGAUGGGGAGGUUAGAUGAAGCCGUUUCGAUUCUGCAAUUGUUAGACAGAGACAGGUUACCCCUUAAUAUAAAGGGCUACAGUCAUCUGAUUGCUGGCCUUUUUAGGGAAAGGAGAUACAAUGAAGCGCAUUCGUGGUAUGGAAGGAUGCUUAAGAAGGGUAUUGUUCCAGAUGUUGUUUUAUACACAAUUAUGAUACGGGGUUUGUCGAGUGAGGGCAGGAUUGGUGAAGCUGUGAAUAUAUUUUGUGAGAUGACCCAGCGAGGCUUAGUUCCUGAUGCUGUUUGCUACAAUGAAGUUAUUAAAGGUCUUUGUGACUCUAGUCUUUUGGAUCGAGCUAGAGCUCUCCAACAUCAAAUUUGUGAGCAUGAAGGGUUUCAUAAUGUUUACACGCAUACCAUUCUCAUCUGUGACAUGAGUAAGAGAGGAAUGGUUGCCGAGGCACAAGAAAUAUUUAAUCAGAUGGAGAAGCCUGGAUGUUUACCUUCAGUUGUAACCUUCAAUGCUCUUAUAUAUGGACUGUGCAAGGCUGGUAAACUGGAGGAGGCACAACUCCUGUUCUACAAGAUGGAGAUUGGGAGAAGUCCUUCGUUAUUCUUCUGGCUUACUCAGGGUUCUAAUCAGAUUUUAGAUGGUGUUAGUCUCAAGAAAAAGGUGGAACAAAUGUGUGAAGCUGGACAGAUUUUGGAAGCUUACAAGUUUCUCAUACAACUUGCUGAUAGUGGGGUUGCACCCGACAUUGUGACGUACAAUAUUCUGAUCUACGGCCUUUGCAGAGCUUCUAAGGUUGAUGGUGCGGUAAAGCUUUUCAUGGAUAUGCAGAAGAAGGGUCUAUCACCUGACUCUGUUACUUAUGGGACAUUGAUUGAUGGGCUUUUCAGGGAUAAAAGAGAAGAAGACGCCCUGAAGAUGUAUGACCAUAUGUUAAAGCAUGGAUGCCAACCUAGCUUUGAAGUUUAUAAAGCACUUAUGACUUGGUGGUCUAGAAAUAGGAAGGUCUCACAGGCUUUCAGUAUUUAUUUGGAUUGUUUAAAGAACCUUCGUGGCAGGGAAGACAAUUCAAUCAAUGCUUUGAAGGGAUAUUUUGUCAGAGGAGAAGUAGAACUUGCAAUUCAAGGUUUACUAGAACUGGACUUCAAGUUUAGAGAUUUUAAUUUAGCUCCAUAUACAAUUCUACUCAUUGGAUUUUGUCAGGCAAGACAAUUAGAUGAAGCACUGAUUAUAUUUUCCGUUCUCAAUAAGUUCAAUAUCAAUAUCAAUCCACCAAGCUGUGUAUAUUUGAUCAAAGGUCUCUGUACAAAAGGAAGGCUGGAUGAUGCAGUAAACAUCUUUCAUUACGCUCUUGACAAAGGUUUUGUGUUAGAGUCAAGAGUUUGUGAGCGGCUCUUCAAGUGUUUAUUACGUUCCCCAGACAAAAGGGUUUAUGCUACUCAUCUUCGUAGGAUGGAGUCUGCUGGAUACCAUUUAAAUAAUCUGUAAGAGACUAAGUAACACUGACCGAUCAAGAUAAAUGAAUUGCUUGAUUCAGCGCUUUGCACGUCCCCAUCAAGUAAAGAGAAGAUAUUAUGAAUCAGGAGACUCAAUAUUCUUCCUAAUGAGCCAAAGUGCUCAUGUUGCUGGGGAAAUUUCUUUUGCUUUGACAUUUUGCGUGCUUGUCACACUUGCUGAAUGAUCCUUCGCAUCAGACGUUUUUGGGUUUCUUGUUUGUGGGUUUCUUGUUUGUUGUAUUCUUCAUUACAUUUCUCCCUCGGCAUUUUCAAAAGCUUUUCUGCUAACCUUAGCAUGGAGGAGGGAAAGAAGACUGCCAUUGUCCAUAUUGUACACUAGCAGGCAAAGGCGAAUUUCUUAAGGACAGUCACUAUGUGAUUCCGAAAUAGAACUUGCUAUGAAUAAAAUUUCAUGGGGUUCCAAAUGGAUUCCAGGUCUUUUUCACAUUUGAACUUGAAAUGAUCAAAUUUAGUGAUGUUUAGAGAAUUACCUGUUUAUAUAUCAAAGGAAGACAUUUAGGAUAUUACUUCCGAAUAACAUAUCAAAAGCUAGGUUUAGUUUUUUAUUUCUAGGUUGCUUAUUGUUAUGAUUUUCUUUGCAAAUGAAUUGUAUGCUCAGACUGAUGAUUGCUUUGUAACCUCAUGUUCUGAUGUCAUUUAUGUGGUCCAUCAUUCA